AAUAAUUUGUGUAACAGGGCAUCAUGAUGUUACAUAAAAGUAAAUUCAUGACGGUGUGGAAAGCUCUGACACCGGUCCGUCGUGUUCUGAACGUGGACAGAUUAUUCUACAAAUUAGAUCCUAAUUGUCCGUAUCAUGGCGGAGAUAUCGUGGCUAACACUCUGAAACAACACGGCAUUUACCAGGUGUUUACACUGACAGGUGGUCACAUAUCCCCCAUUUUAACCGGCUGCCAAACAGCCGGAGUAAGAGUUAUCGACACACGGCAUGAAGCGAGUGCCGCGUUUGCUGCUGAUGCCGCGUGUCGGUUAUCUGGUAAACCGGGUGUUUGUGUGGUGACGGCUGGACCGGGGCUGACUAACACGGUUACUGCGAUUAAGAACGCUCAGAUGGCAGAGACAGCUGUGUUGCUGAUUGGUGGGGCUGCUCCCACUUUACUCAAGGGCAGAGGAGCGCUACAAGACGUUGACCAAACCUCCGUUUUCUCCUCUAUCUGCAAGGACACAAUAAGAGUUACCCGUCUCCGGGACCUCCAGGACAAAGUAACAGAAGCACUGUGGAUCGCUCAGAGCGAUGUUCCGGGCCCAGUCAUGUUGGAGCUCCCUGUUGACCUGCUGUAUCCUUAUCAGUUAGUUAAGGAGAUGUCGGGAGUGAAAGGGAAAGCAAAGGGUUUAUCUCAACGUUACAUCUCAUGGGCUGUGGACGCUAUAUUUGCCGGAGUUAAAACUCACCCUGUAGAUCCCAUGCCGGUUCAGAAAGUUAAACCGAACCCAUACUCAAUAAAGAAACUGGGUAAGCUGAUAACAGCCGCCAAAAGGCCAGUCAUGGUUAUUGGGAGUCAGGCUAUGCUACCCGGUGGAGCAAUCCACGCUGACAGAUUGGCAUCAGCCAUCAGGGACUGCAAAAUACCCGCUUUUCUCGGGGGAAUGUCACGUGGGUUGCUGGGUGCGGAUGAUCCGCUCUUCUUCAGACAAGCCAGAAAAGCUGCCCUCAAAGAAGCAGAUCUGAUCAUAUUGGCAGGAGCAGUUUGUGAUUUUAGGCUGGAUUAUGGCAGAUCUUUAGGUAGAAAAGCUCUGGUGGUGGCUAUAAACCGAUCCGACAACCAGCUCUCCCUGAACCACCGAAUAUUCUGGUCAGCGAAGCUCCAGAUGGAGGGAGAAAUUCUGGAGUGUAUAGUGACGAGGGUUGGUACAGCUACCUGCCCUGACUGGUUACUGCACCUUGCAGAGCGGGAGAAGGGCGAGGAGGCCAAGAUGUUGUCAGAAAGCAGUAAGGAACUGGAAGGAGGCAUCAACCCCGUCCAACUAUUUGAAAUCCUGGACACUGUCUUAACCGACAAAUCUAUUCUUAUAGGGGACGGUGGUGACUUUGUUGGAACAGCAUCCCGAAUACUAAGACCUAAGAAACCACUGAGUUGGUUAGAUCCUGGAGCUUACGGUACUCUCGGUGUAGGAGGAGGCUUUGCACUGGGCGUGAAGGCGGUGAAGCCUAACUCGGAGGUUUGGGUGCUAUGGGGUGACGGUAGUUGUACUUACAGUAUAGCUGAAAUUGAACGUGCUGUCACACACGAUCUCCCCUUCAUCGCUAUCGUUGGUAACAACGGAUCAUGGGGUCAGAUAGAGCGGGAUCAGAGUACCAUGUUGGGUAGUGAUGUGGGGUCCACGCUAAACAAGAAGACACCCUAUCACUCUGUAGCUGAGCAGUACGGUGCAGUAGGGCUCAGUAUUGAUGAGGGCGCAUCUAGAGGGGACAUUGAGGACACGCUCAAACUUGCUCAGUUGGAGAACAGCAAAGGAAGAAGUGUAGUGAUUAACGUUACUCUAGGUAAAAGUGAAUUCCGCUCGGGCAGCAUAUCACUGUAAUACUGUUCUGUGUGUUCUUUUGUUUUCUAGAUCAAAUUUAGGGUAAUUUAUCGAUUGGUGCACUCAGUUUUAUUGUAAGAAACUCUUGAAAUUUUUAUAUUUUAGUCACGAUUUGAGUGUACAACUU